UUAUAACUAAUUUUAAAUAUUUUUUCAAUUAAUAUUUAUUAAAACUAUUUUUAAAUAUGUUUUUUUAAUUUAUAUAUUUAUUAUAACUAAUUUUAAAUAUUUUUUCAAUUAAUAUUUAUUAAAACUAUUUUUAAAUAUGUUUUUUUUAUUUACAGGUCUACUGGUGAUCAGACCCGGUCUCGAUCUCGUCGUGCCUCACCACGAGGUCGUAGUGGUACGGGGAGCCACUCUCAGGGUUCUUCCAGCCACUCUCGUGGGUCGAGCAGCCACUGUCGGGAUUCUUCAUUUCCCGCUCCGGUUUUUGCUCCCGCUGCUGCACCCCCUCCCGUUGCUGCACCCCCUCCCGCUCCUCCAGUCGUUCCGGGAGUGAUGACUGUUGCCCAGUUGGUUCAACAACCCGGUCGUGAGCAUCUUCCCUAUCUCACUCCGUGUCCAAAGGGACGACGUCAAACAUGGUAAUUAAAAGUCUUUUUUUUUUCCUUUCAUUAAAAUUUGAUUCAUUAUUAAUAAUUUGUUUCUUAUAUUAGGUUCGACCGAUCCGGGAACGGGAUCAGCGCAUGGAUCAACUAUAUGAUGUACUCGAACCUCAGCAAGGGAUAUCCGACUUUCACUCACUUCCCUGCCGAGGACCAGGAGAUGUGGUUUCGUCAGUUUGCGGUAAGUAUUCUUAUUUUUUAACUUAUAUUUUUAAUCUUUAAUAUAAAAUUUCUACAAAUUGUGUUUUUUUUUCAGCAAGAGUUCACCUGGAAUCCCGAUCACACGAACUUUAUCCGUGACGCCUUCGUCCAUAAAGUUAUUAACAACUAUGGGAAACAGAUCUACGAGUGGAAGUAGAACUCAUCAACCAGGCUUUUUUUUAAUUUAUUAAACAAUUUUUUGAAUUUAUUAAACUAUUUUGGAUUUAUUAAACUAUUUUAUUUUUUUUAUUAAAAGGUCCCGAAGUCGAUCAACAGCACGGUCUGGGAGGAGUUGUGUGUGCAUUGGGAUAAGGACUUGACGAAAGCUACCUCCGUGACCAACUCCGCCAACCGCAAGAGCGAUCGUGGUGGGAAGGGCAUGUACAAGCACAAUUUGGGUGCCCAGACUAUUGCCACUCUGGGGGAUCGCUUGGUAAGUUCAAUCUUUUUUUUUAAUUAUUUAAGUAUUUUUAUUUUAUUUUUUAUGCAUUUUUUCUAAUUUCUAAUGUUUGUUUAACUUUUGUUUUUUUCAAGGCGGAUGAAAAUGAUGGCGAGCCAGUUGAUGAUUUCGUCCUAAUGAAGACGGCGCAUACCAACAAGCACACCGGGGAGAUUGAUGAUGGUGUUGUGAGGGAUGUGCUCAGCCUGAUCGAAACUCAGAAGGAAGACGAAGAGACCCGUCUAUCUCAGCUUCAAACCGACCUGGACGCCACUUCGACAGCUUCGACCAACUUGUCCCGGAUUCGAAUCAACGAAAUCGUUGAAUCGUCGGUUCCAAAGAAGAAGGGACGUUUGGUCGGUUUGGGUCGUCGAGCCCGGUCGGUUCUUCCUUCUGCACCACAGCCCUAUGUUGAUCCAGAAGUGCUGGACCAGUUGAAGGACAAAGAUGACCGCAUAGCUGCGUUGGAGCAAAAGAUGGUGGAUCAAGAGGCGGGAUGGGAGGCAACGAGGAGGCAGAACGAGCAAAUGAUGGAGAUGAUGAAGAGGAUGUACCCAAACGAGCAGUUCCCGUAGUUUCUUUCUUUUUUUUUUUCAAAAACUCUGAAUGUUUUAUUUUGGUACGUACAACUUUGAAUAUUAUCUAAUAUGUUUUC